GUUACAAAGGCCAGUGGAUAUUUGUCGGAGAGCACAACUUUUCAUUUCUACAUUUGGGAGGGCAAUAAAAGAGCAUCAAGCAAAUGUUGGUGAGCAUUUCUUGGAAUCAUGGAUUUAUUCAUCAUGUAUGAGUGUGGUCAGUGAAUGCGAAGAACUGGCCCCAUUAACUUCCUUGGAUGAAUCUACUUCGAGUGCAUUCAAUGCUGCUAAAGGAGAACUAUUGGAUUUGGCUAGGAAGCAGCUUGAUAAGUUAGGCAUUCAUUAUGGCCAUUUACCUGCCGCACUUCCAUUUACUACCGCUUUAGAUGAAGUAUCACUUCCAACAUCUCCAGCUUCUCCAUCUUCAGAGAGUGAACCAAAAAAAAAAUUCUCGAUAACCAAUGAGGAACUGAAGGGAGCUAUUGAAUCAGAAGAUUCCGCUGCUUUUGAUUUAUUGUACUUACAAUUGACAAACAGAGGCCUUAAAGCUUAUGAAGGGACUCGACUCCGCAGUUCAUAUCGUCUGCAGGGUGAUGUCGCUGCCUUACAAUUUCACCGCAAAAAUUUUGAGAGUGCAUCACAACUGAUGGAAGAUUUACCAUGUGCUUAUGGUGAACAAGGGUGGACUGUUGUUGAAAAUAGUCUUUUAUUCAAGUAUGCUGAAUGCCAGAAAGAAUUGGAAGAAGCUAUUUUUUAUAUGGAAGAAGUGAACAAAUUGUGUGGAUCUCUUGAAAAAGACGAAGAUAUUGUUAGGCCCUUUAAACCAAUGUUUCUAGUCACAGUAACAGAUGUAGUCGACGAUAUAACAGAUGCAGAUGGGCCAUAUUUGGCGGUUGAAUUGACAAAUUACUUGCCAACAUCAUUAACAUUCGAUCAACUUGCCAUUCGUUUG